AAAAGUGCAAGCACACCUACGUUUUCCUUGACUUUAGAUUAUAUUCAUUAUAAACAGUCAUAAAGUACGUUUCAAAAUCACCUUCAUCCCUUAGCACUGUAUGAGUUCAUCUCAUCUGACUUGAGUUCUCCAGAAGAAUCUCCCAAGAGAAUGGUGCACACAGUUUUGUAGUGGCUUUGUUUUAGUUAACUGGCAUGGAAUAGAAUGCUAGCAUAUCACAGUCACUUCACUCAUAGUGACAAUUCUUAGUGGGGUACAGUGGGAUCAUAAUUGCCAGGUUUUUGUUGAAAUGGGAGUUGUCACUAUUGGAGAAUUAAAGCCUAGCAUCUCUGGGAAGAGGACCUUUCGUCCCAGUUCGAGCAUAAGGCAUGCCACUGAAUGGCCCAUAUCUGAUGUCUCCAGUGAUCUCACCAUUGAAGUAGGAACUUCAACCUUUGCACUUCACAAGUUUCCUCUUGUUUCUAGGAGUGGAAGGAUUCGGAAAAUGCUAUUAGAAGCAAAAGAUUCAAAAGUUUCACGGAUAAGUCUCCCAAACGUGCCAGGUGGUGCAGAGGCGUUUGAGCUGGCUGCCAAAUUCUGCUAUGGAAUCAAUGUUGAGUUCACCCUCUCCAAUGUUGCCAUGCUAAAAUGUGUUGCUCAUUUUCUAGAAAUGACAGAAGAGUUCUCAGAGAAAAACCUGGAGACACGAGCCGAAGCAUACCUAAAGGAAACGGUGCUACCAAAUAUAUCAAACACAAUAUCUGUUCUUCACCGUUGUGAAACUCUUGUCCCCACUUCAGAAGAGAUUAGUCUUGUCAGCAGACUAAUCAAUGCAAUUGCAAAUAAUGCAUGUAAAGAACAGCUCACCACUGGUUUACAAAAGCUGGACCACAAUUUCCCUUCUAAAACCAUCACAAACAUGGAACCCGAAACACCCUCAGAAUGGUGGGGGAAAUCUCUCAAUGUUCUUAGUCUUGAUUUCUUCCAAAGAGUUUUAUCCGCAGUGAAGUCAAAGGGACUAAAACAAGACAUGAUCAGCAAAAUUUUGAUAAACUAUGCACAUAAUUCUCUUCAAGGGAUUGUUAGGGACCACCAUGCAGUGAAAGGAUGUUUUCCCGACUUAGAAUUGCAGAAGAAACAAAGAGUCAUUGUUGAAGCCAUUUCUGGCUUACUACCAACCCAAUCAAGGAAAAGCCCGGUUCCGAUGGCAUUUCUCUCAAGCUUGUUGAAAGCUGCAAUUGCUGCAUCAGCAUCCACAUCUUGCAGAUCGGACUUGGAGAGAAGAAUUGGUCUACAACUUGACCAGGCAAUUCUCGAAGACAUCCUAAUCCCAACAAAUUCACAUCAAAAUACCCAUGGCACCAUUUAUGACACGGAUUCAAUUUUGAGAAUCUUUUCCAAUUUUCUUAACUUGGAUGAGGAGGACGAAGAGGAUAAUAAUAAUAAUCACUUGAGAGAUGAAAGUGAAAUGGUUUAUGACUAUGACAGCCCCGGAUCUCCAAAACAAAGCUCAAUUCUGAAGGUAUCCAAAUUGAUGGACAACUAUCUCGCUGAAGUCGCACUAGACCCAAACUUGUUGCCAUCAAAGUUCAUUUCCCUUGCUGAACUACUUCCAGAUCACGCACGUAUUGUGAGUGAUGGACUCUAUAGAGCUGUUGAUAUCUUCCUUAAGGUUCAUCCAAACAUAAAGGAUUCAGAGAGAUACCGGCUGUGCAAAACCAUUGAUUGUCAGAAACUGUCUCAAGAAGCGUGCAGCCAUGCAGCGCAAAAUGAAAGGCUACCGGUGCAGAUGGCAGUGCAGGUUCUAUACUUUGAGCAAAUAAGACUUCGCAAUGCCAUGAACGGAGGGCACAGCCAAUUUUUCUUUGGAGGAAUGAACGGUCAAUUCCCUCAACGUUCAGGAAGUGGUGCCGGAAGCGGAGCCAUUUCCCCAAGAGACAACUAUGCAUCAGUGAGAAGGGAGAACCGAGAGCUGAAGCUAGAAGUUGCAAGAAUGAGAAUGAGGCUCACUGACUUGGAGAAAGACCACGUUAACAUGAAGCAGGAGCUAGUGAGGUCUCACCCUGCCAACAAGCUAUUCAAAUCACUCACCAAAAAACUAAGCAAGCUCAAUGCUCUAUUUCGGAUCAACAGUAUCAAGCCAAAUGGCUCUGAGAGUCGCUUCCCUUUCCCCAAGAGAAGGCGUCACUCAGUUUCGUGACUAAAAAUAUGUACAUAUAUUCAUGUAUAGUACGCAAGAAGAUGCAUGGCUUGAUUGUCACUACUUAUUUUCUAGUGGAUAGUAUUUUUUCUCCUUGGUUUGAGGGUGGGAUGAUGCUGAAUUAAACUACUAUCCUCUGGUUGGAAAUUUUUUACGAUACUGAUAAGUGUAAUAUCCAUAGAGUAAGCAUCUGGGGAGCAGAGAAUAGUUCAAAGACAUCAGACUUUUGGGUUGUGUUCUCAAA